AUGAGCGACCAAACACCAUUGUCGGCGGAGUACCCACUAACACUGCAAGCAGUCAAUUUCUUUGAAAAGCUUAGAGAUGAAUUAUUAAAUGGCCCUCACCACCAAUACAUACGAGGGAAUAGAAUUUGUGUAGGAUGCUUUAAACGACAUGUCAGAGAAGCAAACAGAAAAAUGAGUAUGCCAUUGAACCCAUAUAUAUUAAGCAGGGCAAUGAUACCAGUUACGGCGUUCAUUCACGCGGUAAUAAGUCAUCCGAGCGCGGAGAGAUCAGUGUGUAUAGAAGUAGGGGAAAUACUAGAGGAUGUUAUUGCUCGACGGAUUAUUUCUAUUGAUCACUUAUUCGAAGAAUAAAAAAAAAUAUAUAUAUAAAGAAUUUAAAUAAUUAUAAUGUUUAUGAAUAAUGUAGUUUUAUUCUAGUUCACAGAUCCGUUUCUUCAUAGUGGAUUUCGAGUUCACUAUGAUGAACAAAACCGAAAUAUUAUUAUUAUAUUAUUAUUAAAUUUAAUUCAUAUUUUGCAUACGUACGUAACAAAUUCAUAAUAUUAUUCACAGAUAAACAUAAUAUAGUAUUAACAUUAAUUGGUGAAGGAUCAUAAACACUAAAUACAAU